GACCGAGUCAGGGAAAUGAAAGAAAGCAAGCCUUUUUUGGUGGCCCUCCACACAGGCUCCCGAAGCACAGCACGCCCAGCCGUGGGCCGGGACCCACACACCCUGGUCCUGAGUGGAGAGGCUGGAGUCCAGAGGAACUACAGAAGGGAUGAGCAGAGCCACGAUAUUUCCAUGGAAAUGUCAGAGCACUCAGAGGGGCUCAUGGAAUGUCUUCAAGUUGUGCGUCUGGACAGUGCUCUUUUGUGAUUUCCUUGGACGUCAUGGGACCGACUGCUGGACUUACCACUAUUCUAAAAAACCCAUGCAAUGGGCAAAGGCUAGAAAGUUCUGCCAAGAAAAUUACACAGAUUUAGUUGCCAUACAAAACAAGGGGGAGAUUGAGUACCUGGAGCAGACUCUUCCCUUCAGCUCUUCUUACUACUGGAUAGGAAUCCGGAAGGUGGGCGGAGUGUGGACCUGGGUGGGAACCAACAAGUCUCUCACCAAAGAGGCAGAGAACUGGGGGCACGGAGAGCCGAACAACAAGAAGUCCAAGGAGGACUGUGUGGAGAUCUACAUCAAGAGGGCCAAAGAUGCAGGGAAGUGGAAUGAUGACUCCUGCCACAAGCAAAAGAUAGCCCUCUGUUACACAGCUUCUUGUCAGCCCUUGUCAUGUAGCAACCAUGGAGAAUGUGUGGAAACCAUCAAUAAUUAUACCUGCAACUGUGAUGUUGGGUACUACGGACCCCAGUGUCAAUUUGUCGUUCAGUGUAAGCGUCUGGAGGCCCCUGAACUGGGUACCAUGGAAUGUAUUCACCCUGUGGGAAACUUCAGCUUCAGCUCCCAGUGCACCUUCAACUGCUCUAAGGGCACAGAUCUCAUUGGGUUUGAGGAAACCACUUGUGGAUCUGUUGGAAACUGGUCAUCUCUAGAACCAACCUGUCAAAUUAUUUCCUGUAAGCCUCUAAUGGCACCUGAUUUGGGAACUAUGGACUGUAGUCACCCCCUGGCCAACUUCAGCUUUACAUCCACGUGUACCUUCAGCUGCUCAGAAGGAACUGCAUUAACUGGGGAGAGAAAAACUACUUGUGGACCAACGGGAAUCUGGUCAAGCCCUAGUCCGAUAUGUCAAAAAGUGGACAGGAGUUUCUCAAUGAUCAAAGAGGGUAACUAUAACCCUCUCUUCAUUCCAGUGGCAGUCAUGGUUACUGCUUUUUCUGGGUUGGCAUUUAUCAUUUGGCUGGCAAGAAGAUUAAAGAAAGGUAAAAAGUCUAAGGAAAGCAUGGAUGAUCCGUACUAAAGCACCCUCUGUAAAAGAAAAUUCUCGGGAUCCUGAAGUGUCACUGGAUCCUUCAAAUCCCUCCCUGAAAAGUUAUCACAUGGCGGUGUCUCCUGCAUUGAAAACAGAUGUGUCUCUCUCAGUGCAUCUGGAAAGAUUUCUGUGGAACCAGCAGCAAUCUCUGCUCCCUUUGUGCCCCUGCCUCACCCCUGCACCCCUGCCCACCCUUGUGGUUUAUAUAGCACACUCUGUUAUUCUCUUUUUUGUGGAGAAACGAGAUCAUAGGGGGAGAAGACUGUGUGGAAUUUAAAGAUGUUCUAUUUUGCUCUC